GUCAUGAGUGAACCCGGAUCUCCUUCUGAAGAUGGUCCAAAAUACAAACUUUCGAGCUUUCUCUUCGGGAACGUCGAUAGGAGAGGACAAAUUGAAGAAUACCGAUAUGACGAAGACCUCAAGUCAAUCAACAAUAUCGAUCAUUGUCAUGUAAAAGAAGUGGAAGAAACAGCGUAUAAUGUUAUUUCUUCAGAGACGCUACCCGAUUGUCCCAACACUUCUGUCUCUUUAAAUGCACCUCCUCCUCCAAUGGACUAUUACGAUGAACAGGAAACAAUAUCUGAUAUCGUUGUGGAAGAGUCUUUUCGUUGUCUUCCUCCAACGACGGACGUUCUACCGACCCAUGCCGCCAGUGAUGAGGACUAUGAUGCUACCGACGAGCACACUACUCAAGCUGAAUAUACCGCCGAUGCCACACGGCUUUCAACUGAGGACAGUCAGUCGCCAACAAAUAGACCUAGCACUGAUGAGCAUAGCGGAAAUGACCUGUCUGCCUCCUCGAUAGUAGACGAUGAUUUGCCAUCCCGGGGAGCAACACGUUCGGAAUCUCCUCAUGUUUCCGAAGAGCCAAACGCGCGUCUAGUCGUAAACCUGACAGAACUGGACGUGCGGUCCUGUGCACAAAGUGACGAAGCUUUAGAAGUCAACGGCUAUACUGAUGAUUUCACGAGUAUGCCUCCUCCGCUGCAUCCUGCCCCAGUUUCCGCCUCACGCCAAAUGCAACCGAAACCACUGAAGAGUCCGCA